AUGUGUCAUAUGUUGAAGGUAGUUAGAAACACUCUGGCAGAUGGUGGUAUUCUUGUUGAUCUCAAUGGCGAACAUAUACGAUGGCAAUAUAUUGUGGAAUUACAUAAAUUACAAGCAUGUGAAGAUCUGAGGCUUGGGAAUAAAUUAAAACUGACUCACAUUGAAUGGAGACAGCAAAAGAUGAAAGUGAACCUGGCUGCACAAGUCUUCAGUUCCAGUGUCACUGAUGCAUUACAAUAUUGCUCACAUGUUCUUAAACUGCCACAGGUCUCUGGUUGUAAUGCCACAGUGAAAUUCAUACAUACAUUUGAUCGCCUUUUUGAUAUUCUUAAUACAAGAAAUCCGUUUGCAAAGGGCUUCAAGUCUGCAUUGCGUGUUUCAAACAAGUUAUCUUGGCAUCCAUUUCUUGAUACUGCACACAGCUAUAUCCUGGAAUUAAAAGAUACACCAGGAAAUUAUAUGCUUUCAUCCAAACGGAAGACUGGUUUCAUUGGCUAG